AAGUGUUUUACCCGUUAAGAUGGCAAGUGGUAAAGUUCAAAUUGCACAAGUGUACAGAGGAACAUUUCUACAUUCCACCCAAAAUGCACCUCUAGAAAUUUUGGAGGACAGGAUUUUAGGAGUCGGUACUGAUGGCAAGAUUUCUUUCAUUGAGUCUGCUGAGAAAACUGACAGCCUCUCUGAGACAUGGGGAUUCCAAAUAUCAGACAUGCAACAACUAGGAUCAAGUGAAUUCUUCAUGCCUGGUCUGAUCGAUACACACAUCCACGCUGCCCAGUACAGCUUCAUGGGUACCGCCCUAGAUCUGCCACUGCUACAAUGGUUGGAAACCUACACCUUCCCCGAAGAAUAUAAAUUCCGGAAUCUGGAUUAUUCAAGGAAUGUCUAUACAAAAGUUGUGGAAAGAACCCUUAGCAACGGUACUACUACAGCAUGUUACUUUGCCAGCAUAUACACAGACUCCAGUCUUCUUCUUGGAGAGAUUGCAGCAAAAUUUGGACAGCGAGCUCUGGUGGGCAAAGUGUGCAUGGAUGUCAAUGACUCUCUGGAAGAUUACAGAGAAACUACAGAAGAGUCACAGGAGGAAACCUAUCGGUUCAUUACCGAAUUAUUGAACAGAAAUUAUCCGCUGGUGAAGCCCAUCAUUACACCACGCUUUGCUCCAUCCUGCACUUCAGGCCUGCUCAGGCAGUUGGGGGAGAUGGCAGAGGACAAUGACCUGCAUGUCCAGAGUCACAUAAGUGAGACAAAAGAUGAAAUGGAGCUGGUGAAGACGUUGUUUCUUGAAGCCCAGUCCUACACAGAUGUGUAUCUCAAUCACGGCCUUCUCACUAGCAAGACCGUGAUGGCUCAUGGCUGUCACCUGACUGAUGACGAGCUGGUUAUCUUCAGAGACACAGGGGCUUCCAUUGCUCACUGUCCCAACUCCAACAUCUCGCUGUGCAGUGGCAUGCUGGAUGUCCGCAACGUUCUGAAGCACAAUGUGAAACUGGGCCUUGGAACAGACAUUGCUGGCGGGUGCUCGGUCUCCAUGCUCGAUGCCAUCCGGAGAACGAUGGAAACCUCUAAAGCCUUGAAGAUUAACAACCCUGAACACGAAUGCCUCUGUAUUGACGAAGUCUUUAGACUGGCCACACUGGGGGGAAGUCAAGCCCUGUCCCUGGAUAAGGAAACAGGAAAUUUUGAAGUGGGGAAGGAUUUUGAUGCGCUGCGCAUAGACCCCACAGCUUCCGAGAGCCCAUUCGAUGUCUUCAGCGAUGAUGACAUCAAAAUUAUCUUGGAGAAGUUCUUGUAUUUGGGUGACGACCGCAAUAUCAAGGAGGUGUUUGUCGCAGGCAGAAGGGUGGUGCCGUUUGGGGAUCCCAUCUAGCUACAUGCUUCUUACACUUAUUCAUGGAUUCAUCCAACUUUUUUUGAAGGCUGUGAUCAAUAUUUAAAUAUUAUAAAUAUAGUUCUAUGACUCGUGUGAGACUGUGUGAAAAUGUGGGCUAUCUGGGAGCACGCAGAAAUGUGGACUGUCUGGCAGGGAACUGGGAGGGAGCAAAACUGUGGACUGUCUGGCAGGGAGCUGGGAGCGAGCAAAAAUAUGGAGUGCCUGGGGGGUCACCGAGAACCGGGUUAAGGGACACUGACCUUUACUUUCACAAGUUUCUACAAAAUAAAGAAAAAAAAUGACAGGGAAAGUUGCUUAUAACUGAAGGAUUAUCCAAUGAACUGUACAGAAAUAUUAUUCUUAACAUAAAUGAGCAUAACAUUCAUAGAUAUAACAUGCUAUAACUGAAAGAAAUGAAAACAUUUGCCUUAACAUAUAUUUAAUGCAUUAUACCUGCCUGUGGGCUGCAAUAUAUCAAUCAACAUGCACUUUGCAGGAGAUCUUCCUCCAUGAUCGUGUAUCAAACUUGAAAGUUAAAUUCAGCCAUUUUGGAUUUCCUAUAUAAACAUACAAGAAAUCAUUGACCCUGAUUUUCUUAAUGAGACCAAGUUUAACACACAUGAAAGAUUCCUGGUGUUUCUGACUCAUGUAUGACCUCGCUACAAUUAAGAUUUAGUCAAGCGUGUGUGAUUAUUUAACGAUCUUUCGUCUGUUUCCCUUCCCCUGGUUUUUGUACUUUUUUGACUCCUCUCCAGUACCAAAGAUUUCCUUUCAGGCAUCUGCAGCAAACACCUGACAUCGGAAGGGACCAAGGCUAUUGCUCUGUGAUAACCUUGAAUUUGUUAUUUGCACAUUAAUUCUAGCUAAUUAAAACCAUAUGCUAAUUAAAAGCAUAUUAAAACUGUAUACCUGUAAUUCAAUUAUAUAGUUUUUAUGGGACAAAUACUAUUAGUUUACUAAUGAUGUAAUUCACCUAAUUUAAGUGACUUUAUUCAUGAUUAAAGUUUUUUUAUUUCAAAUAUUAAUUAUUACUUGACACCAUCAAUAUAAGAGCAUUUUUUUAUGUUUAUUGUGUUCUCACCUUUCACCUUAAAAAAAGGUUGCUAAGAGAAGCACUUUCUUUCUGUAAAUGGUGGUACAGAUCGCGAGGUGGCAUAGUGGUACAAUUGCUAGCACUGUUGCCUCAAACCAAUUGAGGCUCUAUUUGUGUAGAGUUUGCACGUUCUCCCUGUAUCACUGUAGGGUUGUCUCCAGGGCAGGGGUGGCCAAUCUUAUCCGCAAAGGGCCGGUGUGUCUACAGGCUUCCACUGCAACUCCCUAAUUAGGUCACUAAUUAGAGAAGUGAUUGGCUGAAGAGUCCUCACACCUGGGUUUGAACAGCUGACCUAAAGGUCAUCCCAAAAACCUGCAUAUACACCGGUCCUUUGCGGAUAAGAUUGGUCACCCCUGCUGUAGGGUCUCUGGUCCCUCCCCCCAAAAAAAAAAAAAAAAUAAAGACACACACUAAAGUGAA